UUGGGUUAAAGCUUUCAGGAGAAGUUUAGAAUGAAGUUUCUUCUGCUGAUACUGGCAUUGCAGGUGGCUGUCUCUGGAGCUGUUCCCCUGACUAACGGCACAAGCCCAGGUGAAAGUGAUGUGGCAUUUGCUCGAAGGUACUUGGCAGACUUUUAUGACCUCAAGAUGGAGACAAUUCCAAUGGCAAAAAUGAGAGUCAAUAGGAACUUCAUGGAGAAUAAAAUCCAGGAAAUGCAGCAGUUCUUAGGGCUAAAAGUGACCGGGCAACUGGACACAGCCACUCUGGACAUGAUGCACAGACCUCGAUGCGGAGUGCCUGAUGUCUAUGAUUUCAGGGUAAUGCAAGGGAGGCCAGUAUGGAAGAAACAUUUUAUCACCUACAGAAUCAAGAAUUACACUCCAGACAUGAAGCCUGAGGACGUUGACUAUGCCAUACAGAAAGCUUUUCAAGUGUGGAGUGAUGUGACACCACUGAAGUUCAGAAAGAUUAACACAGGCGAGGCUGACAUUAUGAUACAAUUUGCACAUGGAGCUCAUGGAGACUACAGUCCUUUUGAUGGCAGAAAUGGAAUUCUAGCCCAUGCUUUUGGACCUGGACCUGGUAUUGGAGGAGACACACAUUUUGAUGAGGCUGAAAUCUGGACUAAAAGCUAUAAAGGCACAAACUUGUUCCUAGUUGCUGUUCAUGAGCUUGGCCAUUCCUUGGGUCUUGGCCAUUCCCAUGAUCCAAAGGCCAUAAUGUUCCCCACCUACAGUUAUAUUGACCUCAGCACAUUUCGCCUCUCUGCUGAUGAUAUACGUGGCAUUCAGUCUCUCUAUGGAGCCCCAGAAAAGCCUCGACCCUCAUCAAAACCUGACAGUACAGACCCAACUGUCUGUGACCCCAAUAUGAGUUUUGAUGCUGUCACUACAGUGGGAGAUAAAAUCUUCUUCUUUAAAGACAGGUUCUUCUGGAGGAAGCUUCCUAAGAGUCCAGAGAUCAUUGUUGGUUUAAUUUCUUCUUUAUGGCCAACCUUACCAUCUGGCAUUCAAGCUGCUUAUGAAAUUGGAGCCAGAAAUCAUGUUUUUCUUUUUAAAGAUGAUAAGUACUGGUUAAUCAGCAAUUUAAGACAACAGCCAAACUAUCCCAGGAGCAUACAUUCUUUGGGCUUCCCCUCCCACGUGAAAAAAAUUGAUGCAGCUGUUUUUAACCCACAUCUCUAUAAGACCUACUUCUUUGUGGAUAACCAAUAUUGGAGGUAUAAUGAGAGGAGACAACUCAUGGACCCCGGUUAUCCCAAACAAACUACCACAUACUUCCCAGGAAUUGGGCCUAAAAUUGAUGGAGUCUUCUAUUAUAACAGAUACUACUAUUUCCUCCAAGGAUCUAACAUACUUGAAUAUGAUGUCCUAUCUCACCGCGUCACCAAAAUCAUGAAAAGCAAUACUGAGCUUGGUUGUUAGGAAUAUUAUAAUUAAUGGUGUUUGUCAAUUCUCUUCAGUAUAACAAGUAUUUAUCACACACUUGCUAUGUGAUCAGUGUACCAUUCAUGGUGUAUGUAUCAUAAAAUAAGGUAAAAUCUAUAGGCCAUGGAUCAAUGAUUAUACAGUUAAGUGAGUCUAGAAAAUACAUAGGAUUUUUUAAUUCUGAAAACCCUCAUUGUCAAUUUUUACUUGACUCUACCAUUAAGUUUGGAAAUAGAUGCCUUUAGAGGCCAAGAAAAUGUUUUGGUUCCUAAAAUCUUGAACUGAGAAAUUAUAAUUAUUUCUCUGGCUUAGAGAAAAUUAAGAAAUUAUUGUUUUUUAGGACUGUUAAGUGUUUUAGCAAGAAUAUCAUUUUAAUUCUUUUGGAAUGAAAAUAGACUAUACCUUGAACUUUAAAAAUGACAAUUACUAUAAGUAAUACAUAAGUAAAUUGUAUAUUUAUGGCGGUGAUAGUAUAAUUUUAUUCUGCUGUCGGUGUUGACUUUUCUAAUA